AGGACAAGUUUGCAAACAAAGGGGGGGAAACACUUGUCUUUAGUAUUUUUCCUUCUUUUCAAGGUGAAAUAUUUUCUUAUCUAAUAAUUCGUAUUAAAGCCAUUUCUUGGGGAUUAUUACUGGAUUUCUACACAUUUUUGUGGGAUUUUUUAACUUUUGGUCUGUGGUUUUCGUCAAACAGGCAGCAGGUUGGCGUUUCACCAUGAAGUUGACUGGGAUAUUUUUGCUAUUGAUGCUGUGGACCUGCGAGAGCGCCAGAGUUGCAGAGAGCCGAGAAGACAAUAGCGUGUUUGACUUGUUUGAGCUCGUCAGAGUCCCCAAGAAGAACCACGGGGUCACCCUGGUCAAAGGAGAUGACCCGUACAGCCCCGCAUACAAGAUCCUCAAUCCAGACCUCAUCCCGCCGGUUCCAGAGAGCGCUUUUAGGGACCUGAUCGAUUCCAUCCAUGCCGAGAGGGGAUUCCUCCUGCUGCUCAACUUCAAGCAGUUCAAACGGACCCGGGGAAGCCUCUUGACCGUGGAGAAACUGGACGGCUCUGGACCCGUGUUAGAGAUAGUCUCCAACGGCAAGGCGAACACCCUGGACAUAGUUUUCUCCACCGAGAACAAGCAGCAGGUGGUUUCCAUCGAAGAAGCCUAUCUGGCUACGGGCCACUGGAAGAAUAUCACGUUGUUCGUGCAGGAGGAUCGGGCGCAGCUGUACGCGGGAUGCGAGGAGGUGAACGCAGCUGAGUUGGAUGCGCCUAUCCAGAGCAUCCUGACGCAGGAGACCCCAACCAGCGCGCAGCUCAGGAUUGGCAAGGGAGCCGUGAAGGACAGGUUCAUGGGGGUCCUACAGAACGUGCGGUUUGUGUUUGGAACAACACUGGAUGCCAUCCUCCGCAACAAAGGAUGUCAAAGUUCCAUGACCACUGAAACCAUGAUCCUGGAGAACCUCAAUGGCUCCUCGGCCAUCAGAACAGAGUACACUGGACAUAAGACUAAAGACCUGCAGAUGGUCUGUGGAUUCUCCUGUGAGGACCUGGUCAGCAUGUUUAAGGAGCUGAGAGGCCUUGGUGUUGUGGUGAAGGAGCUGUCCAAUGAACUCCGCCAGCUAACAGAUGAGAACAAGCCUAUUAACAUUCACAGUGGCGUCUGCCUCCACAAUGGCAUCGUUUACAAGAACAAAGAUGAGUGGACGGUCGAUGACUGCACUGAGUGCACGUGUCAGAACUCUGCUACUGUGUGCCGGAAGAUCUCCUGUCCCCUGAUCCCCUGUGCUAAUGCCACUGUUCCUGAUGGAGAGUGCUGCCCACGCUGUGGAACACCGAGCGACUAUGCAGAGGACGGCUGGUCGCCAUGGUCUGAAUGGACCCAUUGUUCUGUGUCAUGUGGGCGGGGCACCCAGCAGCGCGGGCGCUCUUGCGACCGUAUCAAUAACAACUGCGAGGGUACCUCUGUGCAAGCCCGUGACUGCUACCUCCAGGAGUGUGACAAGCGCUUCAAGCAGGAUGGCAACUGGAGCCAUUGGUCACCCUGGUCUUCCUGCUCAGUCACCUGUGGUUCCGGUGUCAUCACUCGUAUCCGCCUCUGUAACUCUCCCACCCCCCAGUUCGGAGGCAAGGACUGCAAGGGAGAGGGCCGUCAAACUGAGACAUGUCUAAAGUCUCCAUGCCCCAUCAAUGGCAACUGGGGACCCUGGUCACCAUGGGAUACAUGUACUCUCACCUGUGGAGGUGGUGUCCAGACUCGUAAACGCCUGUGCAAUGACCCCACACCAAAAUACGGUGGUAAAGAGUGUGUUGGAGAUGCCAAAGACACUCAGAUGUGCAACAAGCAAACCUGCCCCAUCGACGGGUGCAUAUCUAACCCCUGUUUUGCUGGAGCCAAGUGCACCAGUUUCCCUGAUGGUUCCUGGAAGUGUGGAAAGUGCCCGACAGGCUACACGGGCAACGGUAUCAAGUGUAAAGAUAUUGAUGAGUGCAAAGAAGUCCCAGAUGCUUGCUUUGAGUUUAAUGGUGUGCACCGCUGUGAAAAUACAGAUCCUGGCUACAACUGUCUGCCCUGCCCUCCUCGCUUCUCAGGACCCCAGCCAUUUGGCAGAGGUGUGGAGCAGGCUGUUGCAAAUAAACAGAUAUGUACACCCCGCAAUCCCUGCAUUGAUGGAAGCCACGACUGCAACAAAAAUGCCCGCUGCAUCUACCUCGGACACUUUGUCGAUCCCAUGUAUCGCUGUGAGUGCAAGCCCGGUUAUGCUGGCAAUGGUCAUAUCUGUGGAGAGGACACAGAUCUGGAUGGAUGGCCCAAUGCUGACUUGGUGUGUGUGGAGAAUGCAACCUACCACUGCAAAAAGGACAACUGCCCCAACCUCCCCAAUUCUGGUCAGGAAGAUUAUGAUAAAGACGACACUGGAGAUGCUUGUGACAAUGAUGAUGACAACGAUGGCAUUACUGAUGACAGAGACAACUGUCCAUUCAUCUACAACCCAAGACAGUAUGACUAUGACCAUGAUGAUGUUGGUGACCGCUGUGACAACUGCCCCUACAACAGUAACCCUGACCAGACGGACACAGACAACAAUGGAGAGGGAGAUGCCUGUGCUGUGGACAUCGACGGAGAUGGCAUAAUGAAUGAGAAUGACAACUGUCCCUAUGUGUACAACGUCAACCAGAAAGACACAGACCUGGACGGGGUGGGAGACAUGUGCGAUAACUGCCCCCUGGAACAUAAUCCUGAUCAGGUUGAUUCAGAUGAUGACCGUGUGGGAGACAAGUGUGAUAGUAACCAAGAUAUUGAUGAGGAUGGACACCAGAACAACCUGGACAACUGCCCAUACAUUCCCAACGCCAACCAGGCUGACCAUGACAAGGACGGCAGAGGAGACGCGUGUGACUAUGAUGACGAUAAUGACGGUAGCUGGACUCUGAUGGUGAUGGCCGUGGAGAUGCUUGCAAAGAUGACUUUGACCAAGACAACGUGCCUGACAUCUAUGAUGUGUGCCCUGAAAACUUCGAUAUUAGUGAGACAGACUUCCGGAAGUUCCAGAUGGUUCCUUUGGACCCCAAAGGCACCUCCCAGAUUGAUCCUAACUGGGUUGUCCGACAUCAGGGCAAAGAGCUGGUUCAGACUGUCAACUGCGACCCUGGCAUUGCUGUUGGGUACCACGAGUUCAAUGCAGUGGACUUCAGUGGGACUUUCUUCAUCAACACAGAUAGGGAUGAUGAUUAUGCUGGCUUUGUGUUUGGCUACCAGUCCAGCUCCAGGUUCUAUGUUGUGAUGUGGAAGCAGAUAACACAGACCUACUGGUCAAAUAAACCCACCAAGGCUCAGGGGUACUCUGGCCUGUCCAUUAAAGUAGUUAACUCC